UCAUCCAUAUGAUUAUUGUACAUAUAGUUGUGAGAAUUAACUGGGUUAGUCUUGGUGAAGGCCUGAUGUAUAGAAAAUGUUCAAUAAUUCCUCUUUCCCACUUGAAAGAUUUGGAGGCAGUUCUUGAACCACACUGUGGAACUCAAUUUGUGUCUCAUGAUCAGUCUCCCAGGAGGAGGGAGGGGAGGCCUGAAGCCGUCAUAGCCAUCUCUGCCCUCAGGAUUGGCUUCGCCAUCGCCCGGCGUCUGGCCCAGGACGGGGCCCACGUGGUGGUCAGCAGCCGGAAGCAGCAGAACGUGGACCAGGCACUGGCAGCGCUGCAGGGGGAGGGGCUGAGCGUGUCUGGCACCGUGUGCCACGUGGGGAAGGCUGAGGACCGAGACUGGCUGGUGGCCACGGCCCUGAGACAUUCUGGGAAUGUUGACUUCCUGGUGUGUGUGGCAGGAGUGAAUCCCUACGUGGGAAGUACCUUGGGGAGCAGUGAGGAGGUCUGGGACAAGGUGAGGUCUGGGGACACCAGGUAGGGCUGACGGAUGU